AUGCAGUUGUCUGGGUCAGAAUUAAGCAGUCAACAGGAGUACUUGAAGCUGAAGGCACGUUAUGAGGCCCUACAACGGUCCCAGAGGAACCUUAUGGGAGAAGAUCUUGGUCCUCUAAGCAGCAAAGAACUCGAAUCUCUUGAAAGGCAGCUAGAUUCGUCCUUGAAGCAAAUAAGAUCAACAAGGACCCAGUUCAUGCUGGAUCAGCUCUCUGAUCUUCAGCGUAAGGAACACUUGCUAAGCGAGGCUAACAGGUCUCUCAGACAAAGGCAGUUGGAAGGGUAUCAAAUAAAUCCACUCCAACUGAAUCCUGGAGUUGAAGACAUGGGAUAUGGUAGGCAUCCAGGUCAAGCUCAGGGUGACGCACUCUUUCAACCGUUGGAGUGUGAGCCAACGUUACAAAUUGGGUAUCAGCCUGAUCCAGUAUCAGUGGUGACAGCAGGUCCAAGCAUGAGCAAUUACAUGGCUGGAUGGUUACCAUAG